AUGCUUACGCGUCGCCGUUCCCGUCUUGCUCAAACUGAACAAUUGAAAAACUCUGUGAUCAACGAUAAUCCUGGCUCUCCUGAUUCCUCGAUACUCACUGACUUGGAUACAGAUGGCAAUGAUGGUGAUCAAAAAAAUGAUGAAUCUUCUCUGCCGAAACCUGUCUGGCCCGAGGCUUCGAACGAAUCAAAACCCAUUGAAAAUAAGACUUUGCCACCUCCACAUGCCGAUUUCACAGCCUUGCCCGAUGAAUCAGAAGUGACAGUCUUAUCUGCAAAAGAGUUCUUGGAUAACCUGAAGAUCAAGCGUCAAAAGUUAGAGUCAGUUCUCAAAGACCCAGGUCUCCCUCGUAAGGCACGCUUCCAUCUUCAGCAGUCGAUCAAAGUGUUGGAUGAAUCAUCAGCAACUGUCGAAGAUGGGAAAAGUCUCCCAGCGAGCGAGGGAGUCAAGAUUGGAACUCCAAAUCUUCUUGGAAAGCGGAAUAUAUCAAGAUCCACUAAACAGCCGUCCCAAAAGAAGCGUCACAAGUUCACCUCUGAUGAAGACUCCAAGAAAAAUGAAGAGUCCGUGAAUCCAAAUCAAACAGAAAAUGAUGCCGCUCCACAAAAAACGACUCUGAACGACUCGGCCCCCGUCCCCACUUCCAGCUCUGUAGAAAAACUUGAAAAAACUAGUCAACUCGGCACCUCUGAUUCAAACAACCGCUUUGAAAAAGACACUUCUGAUCUUAAUCCAGAGAAGAACUCUGUCAAUCUGCAAAAUGCCACUCCUGAUCGAUCGUCUGCUCUGAUUUCCGGUCCAAACUCAGCUUUGGAGAAUCCUGAAGAUCCCAGUCAAGAUCCUCCAAUCUCUGCUGGGAACGAUGAUCAAAUAAAUCCGGGUCCUGAGAAAUCACACGAUCAAACUAAACAAUCGAACCAAGAGCCACCAAAGGAUGAUUCCGAACCUGCCGCUGGGAACGAUGAUCAAAUAAAUCCGGGUCCUGAGAAAUCACACGAUCAAACUAAACAAUCGAACCAAGAGCCACCAAAGGAUGAUUCCGAACCUGCCUCCGCCGAGAAUCUUCACGAUUCCUCCUUGAAGCAUUAA